CCCCAGGGCCCGGGAGUCGUCCGGGAAGCGUCGGCUGGAACUGGUUUUCGCCGAUGCCCUGGUCGCCGAGCCGCCUCCCCCGCCGCCAGCGAGCGCGAGGCCAGGGCCCCCCUCCUGGCAGCUUCACACUGAGCCCCAGGGGCACCCCUUGUGCAGACCAGCACACGGGCAGCGCCGCUGGCCCGGGCCUCCCCCCGUGGGCUGGGGCCGGGCCCUGUGCUGCAGUCCUCCGGGGGCCUUGUGGGGCCUGGGCCCUGCUGCCCCUGCGCUGGACAUCAGCUGCCCUGCCCCUGGGGGGCGCAGUGGGGCACCCUGGCCCUGGGGCUCUGGGGGAGGCGUGUCGCUGCCCCGCAGGCAGGGUUCUCCAUGCGCGUUGGAGCCCAAGUCAGUGAGGAGCCCCGUAGCCAGCGCCUGGGGAGCUCCCUGCCCGGCCUGUCACCCCGUCGGAGGAUCCCCGGCCGUGUGGGGCCUAGUUUGUGGGCGUCUUGUGAACUCUGAAGACAGGUUUGAGGUCUGCUGCAGUUCCCGCGGCCUGCAUGGGACGCCAGGGCCCCGUCAGGACGUCCCGUCCACCCAAAGCCUCUGCUUCCUGCCUGCGCUUGAGGGGCGAGGCGGCCACAGCCCCCCAGAGACUCCGCCGCUGCUGCCGGGAGGGGCCCCGGCGUCGUCCCCGCCCGGUCCCCAGGGGCUCCAGCGCCGGCCGGUCAGAGGCCGCGGCGGAGCUUGCUGGCCUAGAGGGGCCACGAAGGAAGGACAGCGGCCAUCGCAGCAGCCGGGGCCGGCAGAGCGGGCGGUCGGGGCAGUGAGGAGACCCCAGGCCCCGCCCCCAUGGCCUCGCAGGCGGCCGCGGGGCGGGGCCCCGGCGAGAAGCGCAAGCGGGUGGUGCUGACGCUGCGCGAGAAGAUCGACAUCUGCACGCGGCUGGAGCGGGGCGAGAGCCGCAAGGCGCUGAUGCAGGAGUACAACGUGGGCAUGUCCACGCUCUACGACAUCCGCGCCCACAAGGCCCGGCUGCUGCGCUUCUUCGCCGGCCCCGACGGCAGCGCGGCGCUGGCGCAGCGGCGCACGCUGCACACGCCCAAGCUGGGGCGCCUGGACCGCGCGCUCUACCAGUGGUUCCUGGCGCAGCGCGCCGCGGGCGUGCCGGUGUCGGGGCCCAUGCUGGUGGAGAAGGCCAAGGGCUUCUACGAGCAGAUGCAGCUCACCGAGCCCUGCGUCUUCUCGGGCGGCUGGCUCUGGCGCUUCAAGGCCAGGCACGGCAUCCGGAAGCUGGACGCGGCCGGCGAGAAGCAGGCGGCCGACCGCCGGGCAGCCGAGCAGUUCUGCGGCUUCUUCCGGAGCCUCGCGGCGGAGCACGGGCUGUGCCCGGAGCAGGUGUACAGCGCCGACGAGACCGGCCUCUUCUGGCGCUGCCUGCCGGGCCCCGGCCCCGAGGGCUGCGCCGGGCCGGGCCUCAGGCCGGGCAGGGACAGGCUGACUGUCCUGACGUGCGCCAACGCCGCGGGCUCGCACAAGAUCAAGCCCCUGGUGGUGGGCCAGGGCGGCGGCCCCAGGGCCUGCAGAGGCGCCCCGCCCCUGCCGGUGGCCUACAAGGCCCAGGGCAACGCCUGGGUGGACGAGGAGAUCCUCUCGGACUGGUUCCGCCACAUCUUCGUGCCCUCGGUGAGGGAGCACUUCCGCGCGCGGGGGCUCCCGGAGGACAGCAAGGCCGUUCUGCUGCUGGCCGGCGCCCGGGCCCGCCCCCGGGAGGAGCCCGCACCCCCCCCCGCAACCUGCCAGGGCCUUGCCCUUGAACAGCAGACGCUGCGGGCGCCCGGGCCCGCCCCCGGCCCCAGCCCGGACCUCUGCCCGCAGCCUGCCCCUCUCCAGGGCCUUGGUUUUCCCGUCCGGGAAAGGAGUGCAAGGCUUUGGGCCUUUGCAACUGGACAAGAGUUUUAA